AUGUACGCCAAAGGUAAAGGAGCUGUCGUCCCUUCCGAUAGCCAAGCGAGAGAAAAGUUAGCUUUAUAUGUGUAUGAGUAUUUGCUUCAUGUCGGCGCACAGAAAUCAGCACAGACCUUCCUGUCAGAGAUCCGAUGGGAGAAAAACAUCACACUCGGGGAACCUCCAGGAUUUUUACACUCAUGGUGGUGUGUAUUCUGGGAUCUGUACUGCGCCGCCCCGGACCGGAGGGAGACAUGCGAACAUUCCAGCGAGGCCAAGGCUUUCCAUGACUAUAGUGCGGCCGCUGCCCCCAGUCCAGUGAUGGGCAACAUGCCACCCAAUGAUGGCAUGCCAGGAGGACCCAUGCCUCCAGGCUUCUUUCAAGGUCCACCAGGAUCUCAGCCUUCCCCUCACACGCAGCCGCCACCACACAACCCCAGUAAUCCCAUGAUGGGACCUCACGGACAGCCAUUCAUGUCUCCACGGUACCCAGGUGGCCCAAGGCCCUCCCUCCGUAUGCCAAAUCAGCCUCCUGGGAGCAUCCCCGGGUCACAGCCUCUCCUGCCAAACAGCCUGGACCCCACCAGACCUCAAGGACAUCCAAACAUGGGAGGUCCAAUGAGAAUGAAUCCCCCCAGAGGCAUGGGAGGCAUGGGCCCACAGAACUACGGCGGAGGGAUGAGACCUCCUCCAAACUCCAUGGGGCCAGGGAUGCCAGGCAUGAACAUGGGUCCUGGUGGAAGAGGUCCAUGGCCGAACCCCAACACCAACUCUAUAGCUUAUUCAUCUUCAUCUCCAGGCAACUAUGUGGGCCCUCCAGGGGGAGGUGGCCCACCAGGAACUCCCAUCAUGCCUAGCCCCGGAGAUUCAACAAACUCAAGUGAAAAUAUCUACACAAUGAUGAACCCCAUCGGCCCUGGUGGAAAUAGACCUAAUUUCCCAAUGGGACCGGGUCCUGACGGGCCAAUGGGUGGAAUGGGUGCUAUGGAACAGCAUCAUAUGAACGGAUCACUAGGGUCUGGUGACAUGGAUGGGUUGCCAAAGAAUUCUCCCAACAACAUGGCAGGCAUGAACAAUCCCCCCGGCACUCCGCGGGAUGACAGCGAGAUGGCAGGCAACUUUUUAAACCCAUUCCAAAGUGAAAGUUAUUCACCCAACAUGACGAUGAGUGUGUGAUUUUUUUUUAUUUUAUCUUUUAUUUUAUUUUAUUUCUUUUUCAUCUCCCCUUAUCCCAAUCUCCCUCUCCCCUCCGCCCUGAUGCAUCUUGCAUUACCUUCCUCCCUGCCUCCCUACCUCCUCCUCCUCCUCGUGGACGGGGAUGCUGUGCCACACAGCCCCUGAGGAUACCCCUGGAAAGCAGGACUCCCCUCAAGGCCCCCCAUCCCAACGCCUGCAAAAUGGUUGUAAGAACAUGAAACGACUUCCAAGCAACAGGAAGGGUCUCAUCUCCGCCUCUCCUUGCCUGCCAGGCCCCACAACAGCCCUAGGACAGUGAGAGCCCGAACCUGCUCCAAGCCUGUCACUUCCAAACCCAAAACCUACCCCCAUGGGAGGCAUUUCAGCCCAAUCAAGAUGCAACCUUGCAUCUACCACCACUCCAUUAUAUCAUGCUGAUCAUAACUUGUGAGGGCACGCAGUAGUUGACUGACAGGGGGGCCGAAAACCCUCAUUCAAAAACUCCUGUGGCAGGAAUGAUAAAAAAAAAAAAUUUAAAAAAAAAAGAUGAACUGAUGAUGUUAUUUUAGGGCAAGAAUGGUUUUCCUUAAGUGUUUGUAUUUUUUGUUGUUGAUGAUAAUAUUAUUGUUAUAAUUUUCAUAAUUGAUAUUAUUCUACUAAUGUAGUUAUGAUUUCCUGUAAAGGGCACAUUUUAUCUCAGCAGCAGCAUCAACAGUGACAGAAAAAGCACACACUCGAAAAAUGCACAAUGAUUUUCUGUUUACAUGAUUUUAGGUAAUUUGUUGUUUGUUUUGUUUUUGUCACAGUCAGUCUCACUUCACAUACCUCUCCUUAAAACUUCUUCCGAAUUUGUAGCUUGUGUCUCCGCCUUCUAAAUGUUUGUAGCACCAUUUCCAUAAACUUUAAAACUAAGAGAGAUUGGAAUAAUUGAUUAUCUUCACCUGAUGGAGUAGUUUGUUGCGAGGGGUUAGCAUCUCCGCUAAAACUAUCCAUACAGUUACAACAGAGGCUUUCUCGGAGCAUUGCUGUUUUCUGGUACAAAGUGUCCGCUGAUGCACCUGAAAAAUCGGAUGUCUAGCUCUGUUGUCUUAAUAAGCACUCUUUCCUGCUCUGCUUUUACUUUAAGAAAAUGGCUCUGAUGAUAUCCUGAGAUGAUUGUCAGGACAGGUGCCACUUCUCCCUCAAUAACAGACAGAGACGGAGAGCAUUUCGGGGAUCCUCUCAUCUCUUCUGUGGAUUUGGUCUUGUCUGUAAAUACAACAUAUUUAGCUUGUAUUGUGGUUGUUUUAUUUUUUGUUAUUUACAAGUUGUCUGUGAAUCCUAAAAUGUGUUUCUUUCCCCUUCAUCACUUUGUUUGAUUUCAGCCUUACUGUGGACUCUUAAGUGGCACUGUUUUUCUCCCAGGACUCAUUCUGGUCUCUCCUCAGUGUUUCCUUUUUUAUGGAGUGGGGGAGACUGGGGGACCGCUGAUACACUCAUGAUGCCUGCUUUCAUGCUUUGAGUUUGGGUUGAACUCACAGAUCCUGUAUGAUCCACUUUGUUAACCCAGACAAGACAGGCUAAAUAACUGUCUCCUUGGACCUCCCAUCAACCAGUUCCCUCAGCAAGUCCCUUAUGUAUGGGAUAAUGGAUCCAGAGUAUUGGGCGCCUGUAGCAGCACUGAUGAUUUGAGCAGAGUGAUGUACCUUGGGGUAAACAGACCAUGCAGCCACAUCGGUCUAAAGGAGAGGAACAAUAAUCGGAUACUUUUGUAAUGGAUAUAUUUCCUUUUUUGUGGAUUGUUUUCAACAGAUUGUUUUUAUUAUAAAUGUAUUCAACUGAGAAAAAAAAUAAAGCCCAUAGAAUCUGCACACAAAGAAAAGCAUAGUUACAUACUACACUAUUUAAUUUGUUUCUUUCUGUAUCUUAUGUACUCUUGGCCUGAUUAACUCACUGUUUAAAAGGGACAAGUUAUCUCUCAUAGCAUCACACUGCAGCACUUACGUCACGGCUGUGUUCAAACCAACAAUAACUAAACAACCAUUGUAGCCUCUGUGGGUGAUGAUAAUGUACUUAUCAAUUUUUCUGAUAUCAGUGUGAACAGAUUGUAGUCAGAGUUCGACAGGGACAUCUCCAGGAUUUGGCUGUCAGUGGCCUGGGAAACACUCUCUCCAGUGUUCCUUCACUGUAGUGAAACACACCUCCCUUCUUUCCUCCAAUCCCACCCCCCACCCCCCAAUCCUCUCCCCCCUUUCUCUUUAAUUUCCUUUUUUGUAAAUACUGUAUAAUGCAUUUUGAUAUCAUUGACAUGUUUUGAUAUGUCAGUCACUACCAAUGAAUACAGCUGAAAGUAAAUUAUAAAUAAAACUGUCCAUGUUUUUCAUAGAGAAAGGAUGCGCCGACUAUUUGGCUCAUGUGGCUACAUUUCCAUAAAAAUGUAUAGAACCCAGUAACACAAUAAAUGCAGACUGUAUGCUAAAGACAUGUAUGGCGGGGAGGAUAGGACAGAGAGAGGACAGGACAGAGAGAAGCAAAUGAGCUGUGGCGUCCUCACUCUGCCCUUGUCUCCAUAUGCUUCAGUUAAAUGUUACUAUUGGCUGUGAAUAAUCAGCAUCUGAAUAAUUUUUUCUAAAGGGCAUCUUCUCACAAAAAAAACAUGUGACCUCAUAUUGCAGUUUUUAAAAUGAAGGAUUUUUAUCAAUUUAAGAAAACUUUUAAAAAGGAAAAAAUACUUAAAAGAACCUCAUUUUAAAUUAAGAAUAGAUUAAAAAGUAAUACUUAUGAGGGGAAACUGUCUCCUUUGCUAUUUGCUCCUCUAAUAGCUUUGUAUAGAUUGAAGCUCUCUCACUGAUCCUCUCUCAGUCCUCUGUGUAUAUCAAUCGUUGGCCAUCUCUGUACUUCUAUUGUGAUGUAUAAUACUGUACCAUUAGGAAGAUUUGCUGGUCAGGUGGGGUGGUUAUAUU